UUCUUCCGCUGACUCCUAACACUCUGUCGUCAAAAUGGGUAACUGCAACGGACUGCCGUCCGGCGACACGCAGUUUCAGCUAAACUCCAGUCGAGAUGGUGGUGUACGCCCCUCAUCUCAUGCUCACCCUUCCAACGGCCUCAACGUGCGCCCUCCCUCCCCUUCCCCCCCUCCGCCGCCUAGGACGGCCGCCCCUGUCGUCCAUCGCCCUCUUGCAGGCAACGGUCGAGUACUCGGCCGGCCGAUGGAGGAUGUUCGACAAACCUACAUUUUUGGGCGCGAGCUGGGCCGGGGGCAGUUUGGUGUGACCUACCUGGUGACGCAUAAGGAAACGAAGGAGCAGUUCGCCUGCAAAUCGAUCGCGACGAGGAAGCUGGUGAUCCGCGAUGACAUCGAGGAUGUGCGGAGGGAGGUGCAGAUCAUGCACCACCUGACCGGACACCGCAAUAUCGUGGAGCUCAAGGGCGCGUACGAGGAUCGACACUCUGUGAAUCUGGUGAUGGAGCUCUGCGCCGGCGGCGAGCUAUUUGAUCGGAUCAUUGCUAAAGGUCAUUACUCGGAGCGGGCCGCGGCGGCGUUGUGUCGGCAGAUUGUGACGGUGGUUCACAACUGCCAUACCAUGGGAGUUAUGCAUAGGGAUUUGAAGCCUGAAAACUUUUUGUUUCUGAGUACUGCGGAGGAUUCGCCGUUGAAGGCCACGGAUUUUGGGCUUUCGGUCUUCUUUAAACCAGGAGAUGUAUUUAAAGACCUAGUUGGGAGUGCAUAUUAUGUAGCUCCCGAAGUGUUGCGCCGAAGUUAUGGAGCUGAGGCUGAUAUUUGGAGUGCAGGGGUGAUACUGUUCAUUCUACUUAGUGGGGUCCCACCAUUCUGGGGAGAGAAUGAGCAGAGUAUCUUUGACACUAUUCUACGAGGACAUAUUGAUUUCUCAUCAGAUCCUUGGCCUUCCAUAUCAAAUAGUGCUAAAGAUCUUGUGAAGAAGAUGCUACGUGCUGAUCCUAAAGAAAGACUUACUGCAAUUGAUGUCCUGAAUCAUCCAUGGAUGAAAGAAGAUGGGGCAUCUGAUAAGCCCAUUGAUAUUGCUGUCUUAACUAGAAUGAAGCAGUUCAGGGCCAUGAACAAACUCAAGAAAGUGGCUCUAAAGGUAAUUGCAGAAAAUCUUUCUGAAGAAGAAAUCAUAGGCUUGAAGGAGAUGUUUAAAUCCAUGGACACUGAUAACAGUGGAACAAUUACUUAUGAGGAGUUGAAAAAUGGUCUUCCAAAAUUGGGUACCAAGCUUUCUGAAUCUGAAGUGAGGCAGUUGAUGGAAGCGGCUGAUGUGGAUGGAAAUGGAACAAUUGAUUACAUCGAGUUUAUAUCAGCCACAAUGCAUAUGAAUAGAAUGGAAAGGGAGGACCACUUAUAUAAGGCUUUUGAAUAUUUUGACAAGGACAAAAGCGGGUAUAUUACUAUGGAAGAAUUGGAGCAUGCCCUAAAGAGGUAUAAUAUGGGUGAUGAAAAAACAAUAAAGGAGAUCAUUGCAGAAGUUGACACAGAUCACGAUGGAAGAAUCAACUAUGAAGAGUUUGCAGCUAUGAUGAGGAAAGGAAACCCGGAUUUGAUCACAAACAGACGUCGGAAAUGAGGUCAUCCCAUCGAGCUGGUAUGUUUUGCUGGGUUGAAUUAUCUCUCAACUAGUUUGUUGAUGUGACUGGGCCGUGAUGCAGCUUAGAUCACAUCUUUAUCUCAUAUUAGCUAAACAGGACUAUGAAAGGUUCUUUGAAGUUAUGAUUUGUGGUGCCUGCCUUUUACCCGGAAAUGUGUGAGUUUGCCAUGAUUUUGCAGGAUAAUUACACUGUUUUUGUAGUGAAGCAAAUUCAUUUUUAGGUGCUAAAUGUGAGCUUCUGUAACAAUGUUAGAGCACGUAUUACAGCGCCGCCAGGACCUUCCCAUCCACACCCAACCUCCCAACAAUAAAGUACAGAAAAUGGUGGAUUUGUAGUUUACAAUUUUUUUUUCUUAUUUUGUUUGCAUAUUUCUGCCAUUCUGAGGGACAUGGUUUAUGUAAAUUAUACAAGGGUAUGUAACUUUGCCAAUUAUAUUCGUAAUAUUUACUUUCAACUUGUUGCUUGGUUC